AUGGACGACAAGGCCAAAGACCUUCGUCGCGCUCUGAGACAAUCCCCCUGGUUCGGAUUCGACCUUGAUGACACCCUUCACGAGUUCCGAAAGGCCUCCGGCGCCGCCACUACGGCAACCCUAACCCGAAUCUCAAACGCCCAUCAAAUCGAGAUAUCUUGCCUGAAAUCAGCGUACUCGAAGAUCCUGUCCCAGGGAACGUCCGGCGCCUUCAGCGACGGCAAGACAUCUCACCAGUACCGCCGCGAGCGCUUCUCAGCCCUGCUCGCAAGCUUCUCUCUCACUGCCACUGCCAACAGCCCAGAAUUCCUCGCCGGACUCCUUGACACCUACGAGCACACCCUGACCAGCAUCCUAGAGCUGAAACCGGAUGUUCUCGACCUCUUCGUCCAGCUGCGACGGAUGGGCAAGAAGAUUGCCCGCACCAUCGAGGCGCUAGGGCUCAGCGACAAGAUUGAUUUUCUCGCGACUACCAACCGCUUCGGCGUGGCUAAGGUCGACGGACUGUUUCCCAGAGUCCUUGCGCAUUUGGACAUCCAGGCGACAGACAUGGUCUACAUUGGGGAUAGCCAGGAACGAGACAUGGUACCGGCUAUGGAAUGCGGCAUGCGCACGAUCCAUUACGCCGAGAAUGAGAAUUUUGAUCCUACGGCUGUGCCUGCCAAGUUUGACACUCUUGCAAAGAUUGCCCAUUUGGUGUCGGAGUGA